UGCGAAAAACGAAAACCGCGGUGAUUCGUGCAAGGAUUUUGGAAAGGAUUCCCCGUGCGAUUUAUUAAAAAAUAAAGGUGUCCAUGGUGGGGCUAAGUUAACAACGCAAGAAGAAUUCACGAUCACGAUGAGCGGCGAUUCCGGGAGCGGAAGCAUAACACGCACGAAAUGGACUUUACACGGCGAAAGCGGCUCGUCGCACGUUGCAGUUCCUCGGGUGGUGGUCUUCGAACGGGCAAGUUCCGGUUCCGGGCCUGCUGUAUCGUAACGCUCCUAGCCCUGCUCACCAUCUCUUACAUUAUCCUAUCUCUACUUAUAACGCAUACGUCCAAACAUGCCUGCCAGAACUGCUACGAAGUGAUAGACGUAGUGUACACCUGGGUGAACGGUAGUGAUCCCAGCUUCCUAGCCCAGCUGACGGAAUACUCGCCCCGGCAAUACGAUAAGGCACGGUACGAUGAUAAGAACGAGCUGCGCUACUCGCUCCGUUCGCUGGAGAAGUACGCACCGUGGGUGCGUAACGUGUACAUCGUGACGAAUGGGCAGGUGCCGGGCUGGUUAAAUCUCGAGCAUCCUCGCUUGCGUCUCGUGACGCACGCGGAGAUCGCGGACGACGAAACGGCACUGCCCACGUUCUCCAGUGCGGCCAUCGAAACGUUCAUUCAUCGUAUCCCGGGCCUAUCGCGCCAGUUUCUGUACCUGAACGAUGACAUCUUCCUCGGUGCGCCACUCUACCCGGACGAUCUGCAAACGCUAGCGGAGGGCGUCAAGGUGUUUACGGCCUGGAUCGUACCGGACUGUGCACCCGACUGUCUCUGGAUGUUCGUAGGCGAUGGUUCCUGCGAUCACGAUUGCCAUGUCGAGGCCUGCCAGUUUGACGGCGGUGACUGUGAUCAUCCGGAUUACGAUGGACCGCACGAAGGAUUACAUCUGCACGAUCAGUCCGACUACGGUGAUCCUCAGGAUGAGCCGCCCGACGAGGAACCGGAUGAGGCGAUGUUCAUCGAAGUGCCAAAGAUAUUCCCGAGGGUACCGGCCGCCAGGGGCAGCCGUACCUUGGGGAAUCAACGAUCGGAGAACAUCCGUGAUAUUUACGAGAUCUUCCGUAAGCGAACCGCCGGCAACGAUACCUCUUCCACGCGCCAGCUGGUCGAGCGGUUCAAUCAGGAAAAGAUGAAAAGCAAUAAGCAACAGCAGCAUCACGUGAGGCACCAACGGUUGCCACAAGACCGUAAACAGGGACACCAUCAGCGAUCAUCGCUGGUGAAUGGAACGAUGCCAGCGAAAAGCUCCUCACAGGACAUGUUCGCACAAUCGCUGAUCCACACGAACCGUGUGUUCAAUCUGGCAUACGGUUUCCACCAUCGGAAGGUGCUGGCUCACGUGGGCUUCCUGCUAGACGUCGAGAUUAUCGAACGUAUGUUGGAGCGCUUCCGGAAAGAGUUUCGCGUCACGAAGCAACACCGGUUUCGGGCGGAAAACGAUAUGCAGUACGCGUUCAGCUACUACCACUUUCUGAUGAGCGAAACGCGCAACAAAACCGUCGGCGAAAUCUUUGACGAUUUCGACACCGAUUCCUCGGGUACCUGGUCCGAUCGGGAAAUUCGUACACUGUUGGCAAAGGUUUACAGCCUUCCGCUGGAUUGGUCCGCGGUGCGGUUCUUCGAGGAAGUCGUUACCAACUGUUCGCUGCAGCAGAACAAUUAUCUUCCUCUCGAGCAUCAGCAGGAUCAACGACGCGUCUAUCCGACGCUUGUCUACGAACGAUACGAAGACUCGACAAUUCCAACCGUCACUCGGGCACUGGUGAUGGCAUGCAGCGAGCUGGCCGAUAUGCUGCGGGCCAACUUUGGCAAAGUGCCACGGUAUCGGUUCCACGUCAGUCCCAAGACGGCCGGUUUGUACAGUAAUUUUAAGAUGCUCACCUCUAACAUCACGCAGGUCGUCGAUGCGCUCGACGAGCUACGCAAGUCACCGAAAAAGUUUAACUGCAUCAACGACAACCUGAGCGGUGAUCGACCGGAAGAGAAUCAGCUCGUCGCCGCACUGCUGGAGGAUUUCUAUCUCAGUCUCUUUCCGGCACGCAGCAGUUUCGAGCUGGAGGCCAUGUACCGGAAUCGGUUCCAGUACUACGACGAGUAUCGAUCGUGGUUGAGGCGCAAGCUGCUGUUCCGCAAUUCCGUCUACGUCGUGUGCGGGGUCGUCUUUCUCGUUUGCGUGCGGUUGCUUUGCUGCCGGCAUAAGGGUAAGUUUGCCCGGACGCUGUUGCUGCUCGGUGCGGCUCGAUCGAACGAGUACACGAACAUUUCCUAAUUCAUGUCGGAGACUUACAACUUAAACAAAAUGCUCAAACAUUCCUAU